GUGUAAAUUGCUUAAAGAUAUGAAUUUAAUUUAAUAUUGUUUUUAUUUUAUAUAUUUUUUUAUUUGUAAUUGUCAAAUAAGUAACAUUCGCAAAUUGACAAUCAUUUCUUGUUAUUUGUCAAUGUCACUCAUUUUGUCAUUUCAAUGUUACCAUGUGAGCUUUCACUUUUUUUGUUUUAGUAUUUAAAAGUUUGGUUAAAAAUAAUAAAUUAUUUAUCAAAAAAAACCUUUGUAAAACAUCUACCUCCUAUUGAAGUGCCACGCAACAUCUUUUUAAUAAAUUUUAUGUACAACACUCUAUUUUCUUGGCAAUGAAGUAACCGUGGAAACCAAUGACCAACAUAAAUGUUCAAAAGCAGUUAAGUAUUAUGUGUUAAAUAAUCUUCAUAUAUUAGAAUGUUACUAUUUAGUCAUGAGUAGUGUUUUUACGAAUUCGUGCGUUAAAGUUCCAAUAGAUCCUAUUAGUAAAAUGCCUAAAACAGCUUACGAGAGAAUAAACAAGACUUUAGUAGAACAGCAGUCUAUUGAUUCAUCAACCUGCGUCACACCUUCCCCCGCGGAUGUUUAUACUGAAAAUGUGAAGGAUUUUUAUCGAAGUAUACCUGACUACAAUGAUAUUAAUCAUUUACCAUCAUCAGAGUUUUAUUCAACUUUAAAAAAAUUAAGAGAAAAGAAGAGGGCUGUUUUAGGGCUCCCUGCAGAGUAUACCAAAGAACACUUUUAUAAAAACGAAAAUCAUUCACUGUAUAAUAAACAACCUAGUGGUUGUUCUAACGAUGGUGAUGAUGAUAAAUGUAACAAGGUUAAAAAUACCAAACCUAAUAAUAUUGCAAGAAGAAAAAAGUCAGUAGAGAAAAAAGAUAUCGAACACUUAAAUUUACACUUAGCAAACAAGACAGGAAAUAUUGUAAAUGACAAGAUUCCUGGAAGCUGUUUAAAAGUGAAUCAAACUAAGAGUCAAGAUUUAAACAAUAAAGAUUGUUGGAAAAGUAAAUCGAGGAACCAUUCUGCGUGUUCCAUUUCUUGGCAUGACGACAAGGUUGGACGUGAUAAAUGUGAAAUAGACAAAAAGUUUGCAAAGUUUUUUCAAUUAAAAGAUAUAGAUAGUUGCAACAGAGAUGAGUUUAGAACUCAAAGUAUGCCCUCAAGUCCCCUACGAAGUAAAUCUUUUAGAUCCUCAAGUCGCAACAGAAAAACGUUAACUAUACCAAAGCCUUUUAAAAUGACGCUUAGGGACGAUGAUGAACGCAUUGUCAACGGACUUCGUACAAUACAGAAGUCUUUUUCAGAUGAUAUGUUAAACCAAAAACGAGAAAGGAAGCAUUUCAGGGCGAGGCCGGUACCUAUAGAAUCGCGGAUUCCACUCUACGACAAGAUUCUCGAAGUCCAGGCUAUGAGGUUUUCAAAGAAAACAAACAUUGCGUGCUAUUACAAAGAUAAACAGCGAAGCCGAACUUCGAGCGCAAAUGAAGCCGUUUAGUUUCACUAGAAGAGAAGAGAAUGGGAUGGCAGAAGUGUGUGAAAGAGCAGUACACAUUCUACCAAAACCUAAGAAGAAGAAACGUUUCAAGGCCCGUCCAGUUCCGAAGAACCUUUUCUCUAAUUAUUUCUACGAUAAGAAGAAACAGGAUGAAUUUUUCAGGUUAAAAAUAGUGCGCUAUUUAUGGAUAUAGUUAUUUCAUACUACUAGGUCAAGAUUACGUUAGUGUACUAGAUGAGAGUGGUAGGAGACCGCUCAUCUUGUCGAUUAAAGGAAAAUCCUACGCCUAACAGAGGACGAAUCGCUCGAGAUAAGGAGAGGCAAACGAUAACUCUCUUUUGUAUUCUGGCAUUGUACUUCUCAACAAUUCUACUUCGACAUUUUGAUUGUGUAAUGCUUAUAAAAGCGAUGCAUUUUUUAAAAUGGUAAUGUAUGUAAUAGGUCAAUGAAUCGUCGUAUCAGAUCAGAGGAAAUGUUACGAAGCGCCAAUUACCCGGGAAAUAUGGCGACUCGUGAUCGCAGUCGCCUAUCAACGCCGGCGGCACACAGUGAUCUGCCUGUAGACCCGUCGCCAGCCGCACCCUCCACGUUGUCCUCGGACAGAGCUAGAUGCUCCAGCCCAUCUAAAGGAUGUAAAUCGUCCAAAGAUGACUUUAUAACGACUAGUCCACAACCGUUUCGUUUCAAGACAGCUGCUAGAGCGAAUCAAAAAGUAUGCUUAAAUUCAUCUAAAAUUAGCGAACAAACUAAUUGUAAUUACAUAGUUUAUGAUGAUAAAUGGUUUUUGGCAUUGCAGAUGUUAGAUAUAGCUCAAAAAGUGUACCAAAGUGGAAAAAAUACUGAUAGUUUUAGCGAUUGCAUUGCAAAACCUCGCGUGUACUCCGCAUUGGAACUGAAAGGGGCUGCAGCUGGACGGUCUAACCUGGCAGCCCUACUCCGUGCUGAGUCGGUGCGGAGGAGGUUCGAAAUAGAAGCGGCUAACAGCCUAGCCGAGCAACGAAGAAGAAUUGAAUUACGGCAAAGAGAUCGCCAGUUACGAUCCAAACCAGCCUGGCAUCUCGUGAAAAACAAGUAAGUACAAGCCCUAAUUAUUUUUCGAUAAAUGUAAAUUACAUAACAAGUAUAGAUUUAAUGGAAAAGGAUUAUAAUCUUGCAAUAUAUUUUAGUCACGAAGAGGAUAUAGCAAUGCGGCUACAGACACGACGAGAUGAAGAGAGAAUGCGCCGCGAAGAGUUUUUGCACGAGAUGGAGCUUAUGUACGGUCGAGUCCAACAGCAACCACUACUAUUUGAAAGAUACUACGCCCCGCGGUCGUAUUCCCCUUGUAACAUUCGCCUGUCGCCACGAAAAGGCUCAGGAAAGAAACGCGGACGAAGGAAUAGUUCCUAUCACCUGACCACGUCAAGUGAUGGUUUCGAAAGCGAUGUACAAAAAUGUAUGGACAAAAUUGAUAACGACGAUAAAGUAUUUGAGAAUUCAGAUGACAUAAUUGGAAGCAUACAUAGAAGAUGCUUGUAAUUUAACUGUUGAUUAAUUAAUCGUUGGUUUCUAAAACCUAAAUCCUCGCUUAAAACAUUUUGUUAUCUACACUAUGUUUGAUAUGAUUUAUUCAGGGAUUUUGGUUUCAGAAACCCACGGUAAAUCAUGUAAACUUAUUGUUUAAAUUUCUGGUCUUCAUCUUGUAGAACACCAGCAAAGGUUUCAAUCCACUGGUAGCUAAAUAGUUUAUAUUAUAUUAAUCGUUUGUUAUUGCACUAUCUAAUGGUUUUUGAGAUCAACAUCGCUGUUUAAAAUAUAUAAUGCUAUGUUUUAAACGGAUAUUUUGGUAUCAGAAACCCUUUUG